CAACUCUUCAGUCUCCGCAAGUAUUUCAAAGGAAAAAUGGGGUUGGUCAGAAAAGAUUUUGCUCUAGUACUGGUAAUUGCUAUGGCCCUGUUUGGGUCGAUGCUAUGUGAAGGAAAGGCUAAUUCCAAGGGUUUUGAAGUGGCACCAAACUGCAAAAGACUCGAGUGCCCUCCUUACCAAGUGAUUGAAAGCCAAAAGGAUUAUGAGAUUCGAAGUUACAAGAGGGCUCUGUGGGUGUCCAGUCCCCGGAUCAACUCAACUUCCUACAACGAUGGAUCCGGCAAAGGCUUCAAAAUACUCUUCGCUUACUUUUUGGGAAAAAACAAACAGUUGGUGGAAAUCAAUAUGACCGCUCCCGUUUUGGUCGAUGUGAAUCCUUCAAAUACUACCGGAUUGUAUACCGUCUACUUCUACUUGCCACAAAAGUACCAGAAGAUCAGCCCUCCUGUCGCUGAUCAGGUUCGCCCGGUGACGCUCCCUAAGCGCAAGUACGCUGCCGUUAGGAGAUUCGGAGGCUUCACGAACAUUACAGACAUUCCUUCGCAAGUGACCGCAUUGAGAGGAAGCCUGAAGGGCACCCCUUGGGAAUCAGCCAUUGCAAAAACAUAUGGUGGUGGCGUUGUGCCAUACACUGUUGCCGGCUACAACUCGCCGUUCGAACUUGUCAACCGCGUGAACGAAGUAUUGCUUUGGUUUGACAAAAGUUAAUCAAAUAGCCGUAAGUAAUAAUAAGAGGCAAAAUUUUUUAAAAUUACUGAGUUUGAGAUGUCGUUGGCGUUCGACCUUUUUACGUGCUUUCUGUCCCUAUUGAAUGUUGUUUGUGAAAGAGCAAGAAAUGCAUGG